CUGCCCGCUUCACACAGUGUCCGCCUGGACUGCGUAGCUGGUGGUAGUCUGUGUGACCCUGGCUGGUAGCACUCUCUGUGUACCUCCAGCUGGUGGCACUGUUUACGUGUGUGAGAUUACGUUUGUUGUGAGGAUACAUAUGCGUGUGACUCUCUGUUACCUUAUAUUAUAUUCUUGUAGUCACAAUUGGACGAAAAAUAUUAAACGAGUGACUUAGAGUAAUAAAAGACUUUGUGAUUUUUAAAUGUAGUGGAUUACACACGUAGAUUUAUAUUUAGAAAGUUCAUGAACGCUGUUAUUUGUUUAAUGUCUACAUAACUUACAGAAUUAAGACACAUGAAUAUGAGAAAUAUUUUCUUAAUGAACUAAAUGAUGUUAAAAAAUACUGUUGUGAUCUUAGAAUAGUUGAAAGAAAUAAAGUUUAUUUUUAAAGAUGAGAAAGAUUUUGAUGAAGGUUUUAGAGUGGUAGUAGCGAGAGUUUACGAACUGCCCAGAGGAAGAUAAGUGAGAGAGGAAGAUCAAGGUCUUAACAAUGUGGAGUUGUGUGUUGGUGGUAGCCACAGCGGCGCUCACACUACCACAACAUGCAACAUCUGCGCUCACACUACCACAACAUGCAACAUCUGCGCUCACACUACCACAACAUGCAACAUCAACGCUAAGACUCAACAAGCGUGCAACAACUGCGCUCAACGGACUAGAAGACAGUCCGCUGACGAAGGUUCGGGCGGUGAAGGAUGGGCAGGUGCUGCUGCCGUGUGACAUGGAGCCGCCGCUCCUUAACGACUCCACCCACCUCGUUCUCUUCUACCAUGGCGACGGUGGCACUCCUAUAUACAGCCUGGACUCGCGGAGUGUAAGUCUGGAGCGAGCCAGCCACUGGGCGGAGCAGGAGCUUGGGGGCCGCGCCUACAUGAGGAUCGGCAGGAACCAGCGUGGACUCCUGCUGGAGAAGGUACAACUCAAGGACGAGGGUGACUAUCGCUGCCGCGUAGACUUUCUUGAGUCGCCCACCAGGAAUCUCCGCAUCAGACUCGAAGUUGUGGUGCCCCCAGGAACCAUGACCAUUACCAGCAACUAUGCCCCGGAUACGAGGGUGGAGGGUAGGGCUGGCCCCUACCCUGAGGGAGCACAGGUCAUCCUCUCAUGCCAGGUCAUAGGAGGUCGUCCCCGACCUCAGGUGACCUGGUGGCAUGAGGAGUCACUUCUUGACGACGUAAGUGAGGUCAUGACAGGUCAGGUGACCCGUAAUGCUCUUUUCUUGACCCGUCUCACCCGCACUGACCUCAACAAGACCUUGACAUGUCAAGCCGUCAAUUCUAACCUUAGUAUACCACUGUCCGAGGCAGUGAUUAUAGACAUGAUGUACCCACCUACGUCGGUCCGGCUUGUGUCAGGGUCAGAGGGUCAGGUCACGCUAACGGAGGGAGUGCAACGAUAUCUGACCUGUGAGGCAAGAGGAUCACGACCACCUGCGCGCCUCCAGUGGUUCAAGAAUGGAUUACCUCUCAACCACUACACUCAGGUGGAGGUGAAUGGGGAAGUGUCCCGCUCCAGGCUGACACUUACACCAGACUCAGCUGACAACGGAGCACUGCUGACGUGUCGAGGCUUCAAUCCAGGUCUUCCAGACAUUGUCCUGGAGAACACCACCAAGCUCUCUGUCUUCUACAAGCCACAACUGGAGUUGCAACUUGGCCUCAACCUGGACCUUGACAACGUAGAGGAGAACGAUGACAUUAUCUUCAAGUGUAUAGUGAAAUCCAACCCUUCCAUCACAGGCGUCCAGUGGGCCCAUAACGGCGUUCCCCUGCGGAACAACAUGACGCAGCAGGUGCAGGUGAGCCGAGACACCUUGCUGUUGAAGGCAGUGACUAGGAACUCCAGUGGAACCUACACCUGUGCUGCGGCCAACAGUGAGGGCGCUAGCACCUCCAAUCCUCUCAUCUUGGCUGUCAAGUUUCCUCCUACGUGCAGAGAUGGACAGCAGACUGUGUACGGCACUGCAAGGCACGAGCAACUUCAAGUUCCCUGCCAUGUACAGGCCUACCCUGAGCCUUUCUCAUUCAGGUGGGCAGUGAACACGUCAACAGGAGUGGUGGACGUGGCUCUCAACCUCACCCGUAGCACAGGUAGUACCUCGGUCGUCAGCUACACACCUCAGACUCACCACGACUUCGGUCACCUUCUGUGCUGGGCUGUCAACGACCUGGGCGUCCAGCACCAGCCUUGUGUCUUCCAGGUCAUACCUGCAGGUGAGUGUUUCCCGCAGAACUACACCAUUGAGUACAUGGCUCUUGUAAUUGACAGUGAGUGUAGCAGUACAUGGGCUAUACAUUCACAUACCUCAACAUUCACCAUCACACACCACAACACUCACUCUCACACACCACAAUAUUCACCAUCACAUACCUCAACAUUCACCAUCACACACCGCAACACUACCACACACACUGUAACACUCACCAUCGCAUACCUCAACGUUCACCAUCACACUCCACUACACUCACCAUCACACACCUCAACACACCAUCACACAGUGUUUAUAUCCUGCAGGCUAAAGAUUGGUGUGGAGUACCUAAUGACAGUGACUGCAGCCAACUCUCGUGGUUCCAGUCCACCUCUCACCAUCACAUAUACUGCCACUGCCGCCUCAGCCGACAAGGUAGUGUCUCCACACUCCCAUACAUCCCUGCUCACCAUCACGCCCUUCCUUGUGUUGCUGGUAGGCGUAAUGGCAGCAGUGUCGGCGUGCGCGGGCGUUGCUGUUAUUCUAGCCAGGAGGGAAAGACGCAGGAAAACGAACGCCAAGAUUGUGUAUGACGGCCAGCUGGCUGACGCUCAUGACAACCACGACGUACACACCAUCCUCUGUGUAGAUAAAGAGCCUGAGAAGGAAGACUUAAUGAGGCAUGCUGGUGGGGGCGGUGUCAUUGGCAGCUUCUACGUCAACACAUCGUCCACUGUGCUCAACAAUUCAGGAAUUGCCUGUUUGGAGACAGACUUACUCCUAAGGGAGAGAACAGCACCCCUGGCGUCAGUGGACUCUCUGGGACGGUGCUCUACGCCCUCCUCCGUCUGCACCAGUGGCUCUAAGACUGCCUCCUCCACAAGGUCUUCCCGUGCCUCCUCCUCUACUGUGGCUCUCAAUCCAGACUACCUAGCAAAGGACCCAGACUACCUUACCAAGAAUCCCGAGUUCCUGACUAGAGAACAGAAGCACAUAGCUCCAAGCGAUCCUGCUAUUCACCUCCACAAGGAGAGCUCUGUUUAGCUUCAAGCGGCUGAGAACAUGAACAUCAGCAAAAACAACAUUAAGCUUCAGUACGAAAGCAAAAAUAGUUUCUGGAAAAUCCUCAACAUUAAUCAUGGCAAAAGCAUGAAAUAAACUACAACAUACAUAUAUAUACACACCAGGACUUUCGGUGACAUGUGAAAGCCUAGCGUUGCGAUGGUAAACUCCUGUUGUUACAAACUUUAUCUAAUUUGAAUCUCUGCGCGAGGUGCAAUUCUGUACAGAGAAAAUAAGUUUAUUGCUUGCCACACAAAACAAUGACAGAGUGUUACACAGUGUGACAAGUUCUCUGUAUUGUGACAAUGAUUUAGUCUCCAACACUUUAAGUUGUAAAGGUAGAUCUUAGUGAGACAUAGAACUUCGAAGUAGAACAGACAUAAGGCUUCUUGCACUUACCGAAACAUUCUUGUGAGCUCUUGAUGAGGACUCCACUUUUAAGAGCUUAAACUCUUCAGAUGUUUACUUCAGUUUAUAUAGUUGCAGUGAUACGAAUAAUUGUUAAUUAAAGAGAGGGUAUGUGUAAUUGCUAUUAUGAUAGAGCCGCUACGAGUGUAGCUCUUCACGUGUAUAAUCCUCGUAAAGUGUGGGUGAUGAAUCAAGCUCAACAACUCAAGUUCUUCAGCCACAGAAAAUAAAGUAUCAGAAAGUCUUAGAGGGGAUUAUGAUACAAGGUUAACUAGAUUUCCAGUACUGAUAAUAAACGUAGCAAAACCAGUGGUAUAAAUCCCCUCUAAAGACUUUACCGAUGAACAAAUUGCCUGUUAAACUUAAUUCAUGAACAACGUUAACAAGGAAAUGCAGCAAUUUAUUGACUCUUUAUGGUAUAAAUUCCUUUGGGGGAAUUGUAAAGCAUAUCAUUGAAAAUAAGUGUUUAAUGAAGUGUCUGUAAGCCAUUUAAUUUAAUAAAAGGUUAGUGUUUU